CUCCUUUCAGGUGCGUUUUUACUAAACUAAAUUCUGGAGCUGAGAGAACACGCUAAGAGAAGUCUUUUACAGGUAAGAUAUUACUCCUAUUACUUUUACAGGUAAGAUAUUCCUCCUAUUACUUUUACAGGUAAGAUAUUACUCCUAUUACUUUUACAGGUAAGACAUUACUCCUUUUCAUGGCCACUGUGAGUAUUACUGGAAUAAGUAGAACUAGAGGUUAUAUAGUAAUUGUAAGGGUGACAGUAUUCCACCUACAUUUGAACACUUUCAAUAAUCUAUUUUUUAACACAAAUCCUAUUUCCAUUUGGUUCUCCCACCGGUAACCAUUGGUAUGAUGCCAAUUUGUAGAUUCAUUAUUGGGCAUACGUGAAAUCUGUUCGUGCAAUUUACAUGUCGGACAUCCGUUUGAUUUGCAACCUUUUCCCUGCAAAUGAAAGUGGAGAUGAUGUUCUCUCGGAUUCCCCUCUCUAAACUGGCUAUUGCACGGUUACUUAGUAAUGUAAUUAAAAAGCCUGGCUUCCUAAUGAGCCGAGCAGAGUGAGCAGCCGCUCUGUUAUUGUUGAGAACUGCCUUGAAAUCUUCCUUAUUACACACAGCUCUCAGGCAUUUCUGACAUCUCCCAUUCUAAACUGUCUGUUUACUGCCUGUGCGUGUCGUGUGUCAUCAGUCAAACGGCCAACAGAGAAGAAAUUGCUGUUGAAAAGUGAAGACUGUUCUCUACUGUAUUUCAUUCUGAGAAAAAACCUCUUGACACUGAGCAAGGCAUGUCGUAACAAAGAGUCAAGGGUUUCAGAGGGACACUUACAGUAACUGUAUUCUACAGUACAUUUUUGGACAGAAUUGGAUCAGAUAUGAAUACAGAUCCUCUUGGCAUCCCAGGGGGUCAACCACAGAUGCAUUUCUGCACAGCAGUCUAACUGAAAGGCUUAACCCUGCUGGCCUCUGUAUUAUAGAAAUAAAGAGGUACAUAUCAGAACCACUCCAAAAUGGCAGAGUCAGCCGAAGCCGUGGUCGCUAACCUGAGCAGCAAGAGGAAUGUCACCAUUGAGAUCACCAAUCUCACAAACAACUACUGUCUCAUAAACCCAAAGGUAUUCCUGGAGAGUGGGGAAACCUACAACCCUCCCCAACCCACAGUGCGGCCCCUAAAGAUCGAAGUCUGCACAUUCAGCAAAUCAAGUGCCAAGGCAACGGGCAGCUAUGGCGUUCUGACCUAUGACCUCUUUGAGAGGUCCCGGAACGACUACAUCGAGACGGUGGCCCUCAUGUUCGGUGUGCCCUGGGACUACAACAUCUACAAGAACUGGUUCGCCGUGGGCAUCUUCAACAAGGGCCGAGCCUGUGACGCGUCACUGUAUAAAGAGAUGUACAACGAAAAGGAGCAGAAAGGUUUCAUAAGAGAAGAAGCCAAUGGCUCAGGGAUCAGCUAUGAAGGGAACUACCUGGACAUCAAGGCCACCAUGUCCCCCAUGGGCCGGGCCAUCAUGAAGGUGGAGGUAUGGGACAAGCUGUUCACUCCCAGCCAGCAGGCCCACUAAGGGGAACCUCCAGCCUCCACCCUCUCCACCAGCACUACAGUAUACCUCUGCUGUGUUGAACCUCUGUAACCAAUCCCUCCACCAUUAGAUAUUACUUUCCUGACGUACUGCUACUGUUUGUAUGUUUUGUUGCUGACUGAAUUUCAAGACAUCACCUUUCAGUAAAUCUGCUUAAGAUCACAGUUUAGUUUGCUUAUGAAUCCAGGCAGAGGUGAUAUCUGCUCUUUUCUGUAGAGAUCACUGUGCUGUUCAUCUCUCAGUAGCAUCCUCUUUCAACUGGCAUCUUCUCUAGAAAUGUAAAUCAAACAAUGACUCACCGGAGGAUGAGGGUGCAUAGCUCUCUUAACAACACAUGGCCAGGAGCUGUCUCUGUCUGUAUCUACUUAUGGCAAUGCUAGUCUAUGGAAUAAAUGUUGUUGUUUUGCUAAAUCUA